GUCACUUAGAUAGCAACAUGGCAGGAGAUUCAGAGGGAGCAAAAGAGGAGUACACAAAGGAUGGCUCUGUGGAUCUAAACGGUAAUCCAAUACUUCGAUCCAAAUGUGGCGGUUGGACUGCUUGCUCCUUUGUCAUUGUGUAUGAGGUGUUUGAGAGAAUGGCAUUCUAUGGGAUACAAUCAAACUUAGUUCUCUACUUAACCAACAAACUGCAUCAAGGCACAGUAACUUCCGUGAACAAUGUGACCAACUGGGUCGGUACGAUAUGGAUGACCCCGAUGAUUGGCGCUUAUGUUGCUGAUGCAUAUCUAGGCCGCUAUUUUACCUUUAUCAUCGCCUCUGUUAUUUAUCUUGUGGGAAUGUGUCUGCUAACAUUAGCAGUAUCAGUGAAUUCACUGAAGCCACCACCUUGUGGACCUAACACUAGUGACCCUAAUUGUACUGAGAAGGCUUCAUCACUGCAACUUGGUGUGUUCUUCACAGCACUCUACAUCUUAGCCAUUGGCACUGGUGGCACAAAACCGAACAUUUCAACCAUCGGAGCAGACCAAUUCGAUGAGUUCGAUCCAAGAGAGCGAGCCCACAAGCUCUCCUUCUUCAAUUGGUGGAUGUUUAGCAUCUUCUUUGGAACUUUAUUUGCAUUCACCAUUCUUGUGUACAUUCAAGACAAUAUAGGAUGGACAUUAGGCUAUGGAUUACCGACACUUGGGCUAUUUAUUUCAAUCAUAAUCUUUGUCAUUGGUACUCCAUUCUAUCGGCACAAGUUACCUUCCGGCAGUCCAUUUACAAAGAUGGCCAGGGUAUUGGUGGCAGCCUCAAGGAAAUGGAAAGUUCAAGUGCCUAGUGAUCCUAAAGAGCUUCAUGAGCUUGAUUUGGAGGAGUAUGCCUCAAAAGGGAAAUAUAGAAUUGAUCAUACUCCAAUAUUGAGGAUAUUAGACAAAGCUGCUGUGAAGACAAGUUCAGCAUCUCCAUGGGUGUUAUGCCCAGUGACACAAGUAGAAGAGACGAAACAAAUGCUUCGAAUGAUCCCGAUUCUCUUUGCAACCUUUGUACCAAGCAUAAUGUUGGCACAAGUGAACACACUCUUUGUCAAGCAAGGCACAACUCUAAACCGAAGCAUCAGUCCUCACUUCAAGAUCCCCCCUGCAAGUCUUCAAGCCUUCGUCACGGUCUCCAUGCUCAUCACCGUCGUUAUAUAUGACCGAUGUUUUGUCCCCUUCAUUAUGAAGUGGACCAAAAACCCAAGGGGCAUCACUCUCCUUCAAAGAUUAGGCAUUGGCUUGAUCUUGCACAUCAUAGUGAUGUUGGUUGCUUCACUAACCGAACGCCGAAGAUUAAAUGCCGCAAAAGCUCAUGGUUUAGAAGGAGGAGGAGAAAUUCCUGUGACCAUAUUCAUGCUACUUCCUCAGUUUGUGCUCAUGGGAAUGGCUGAUGCUUUCUUAGAGGUGGCUAAGAUUGAGUUCUUUUAUGAUCAAGCUCCUGAAACCAUGAAGAGUCUUGGAACAUCUUGUUCACAAACAAGCUUGGGAGUUGGGAACUUCCUAAGUAGUUAUCUAUUAACCACAGUGUCUCAUAUUACAAGGAAGAAUGGACAUGAAGGAUGGAUCUUGAACAACCUAAAUGCAUCUCAUCUUGACUAUUAUUAUGCCUUCUUCUCCAUCCUCAAUCUAUUGAACCUCUUGUUCUUUUUGUUUGUGAGCUGGUUUUACCUUUACAAGGUUGAGAAUAGUGAACAGACGGAAGCAUUUCAGAUGAUGAAAGAUGAUAAAUCUAUUGUUGCUGCAAAGAUUCAACAAGAUGAAGAUAACUUGCACGCUAACCUAGCUACUGCCCUCUUCAAUGCAAAUAUUGAAGUUUGAUGUAUUGGCUGAGGAUGAGUGAUUAGUCCCCAGCCAUCUGGUAUUUAGUUCAUGCUCAGUUGAUACCAAUGUUUUUAAAACCGGAACUGUCUCAUA